GCAAUGUUUGUUGUGCAAAUAAAAUAUUGUAUGUAUACAUAAUCAAAGAAAUUUCCAACUUCAUUCAGUACUUGGUAAAAGUACUGCUCUUUAAUCGUGCAAAUAAAUAAUUUGGCUACUGAAAUGCAUGAAAACAGAUUAGUCUGGAUUGUAACGAUCAUUGCAACAAUCUUGCUGGAUUCUUGUAAUGGAGAAAAAAAUUUCAAAAUUCAUAACGUCGGGAAAAGUGCUUCACCAAUCGAUUUCCGCUAUAAUGGAGUGAUCAAGCUUAGCGGACUGCUCGGAGUCUCUCUCCCAGAUUCGGUGGGCGAAGGCGUCGUCGUGGACUGUGCCCCUACCGACCCCACGAUCGAGUGCCGUGUCUACGGCGAUUUUGCCAACGCCACGAUAACCUCCGGCGCGGACAAUUGUGCUCGCGUGGAGUGGUCGUCGACUUACGCGAGACGUUUGGAAGAUUGUUAUAAUGUCGGGACUGGCGAGUAUUUGUACGGAGGGGCGGAAACUUAUUAUCAAUAUUGGCCCAUUAAUGCGGACAGGAAGAAUGAAAAUGCCUACAUUGUUGGCGACUUCCUUGGAUCCUAUGAAUUUGGGAACUUGUUAGAAAACUGGUGGCUUUUUUCCCAAGGAGCUGCAAUCCAUGCGGACGAGGAUAAUCCUCUUUUUGUCAGUUGGGACACGAAACAUGCAGGACAAAUCUGUUUCGUGUCGGCGGAUACGUAUCCAUACAAUAAGCGAGACGUGGUAACACUGAAAUACACGGUUUGCGUUGGUGAUAACGUGAAAAGUGUGCAUCAAGACAAUUUCUACAAGUUUUAUAAAAAACCUAGCGCACUUCCAGAUCAAACAAUGUUGCUUCGUCCGUUGUGGUCGACUUGGGCUCAAUACAAAACGAGUGUGAAUCAAUCAAUCGUGCUGGAUUAUGCGAAUCAAAUAAUGAGUCGAGGUUUUGAGCUGAGCAGUCACAUAGAAAUUGAUGACCAUUGGGAGCCCUGCUACGGCCAGGAAGAAUUCGAUUUCAACAAAUUUCCAGACCCUGCUGCCAUGGUUAGCCAAAUUAAAGCGAUGGGAUUACGAGUGACCUUGUGGGUUCACCCGUUCAUAAACCUUGGGUGCGACUUAUUUACCACUGCCAUAAAUGAGGGGUACUUAGCCAAGGAUCAGAAAGGCAAGGCUGGAAUUGUCGGUUGGUGGCAAGGGUCAAACGCGGGUAUAAUUGAUACCAACAACGCGGCUGCCGUGACGUGGUGGAGGGCUAGAUUGGAGCGGUUACGAACGGAGUAUGGUAUCGACUCGUUUAAAUUCGAUGCGGGGGAAGUCACAUGGUUAUCACAUUCACGAGGAUUAGAAGGCAAUCAAGAAUUGGCACCAAAUAUGUAUACGACAAAGUACAUUGAAGCGAUUGCACCCUUUGGUGGCCUGGUGGAAGCCAGAGUUGGGAGAUUAACUCAGGAACACCCAAUUUUUGUCCGCAUGUUGGACAAGAUGAGCACCUGGGGUUACGAUGAUGGUUUAAGGUCUAUGAUUCCUACAGCUUUGUUCUUCGGAAUUGUAGGAUAUCACUUCGUUCUGCCCGAUAUGAUUGGUGGCAAUGCGUACGGGGACUGGCCAUCGAAAGAACUUUACAUCAGAUGGUUAGAGGUUAACGUGUUCAUGCCCUCCGUCCAGUUUAGCAUUGUUCCCUGGGACCAAUCUUUCGAUGAUGAAACGAUUGCAAUCUGCCUGAAAAUUCUCAGUAUUCGUGAACAAUACAAAGAUGCAAUUUUGGUGGCUGCAUAUCAAGCAGUUGUGGAUGGCACGCCAAUUAAUCGACCCUUGUGGUGGGUUGAUCCCACUGAUCCGGAGACCUUCACCAUUGGUCAAGAAUAUAUGCUUGGAGACAACAUCCUCGUAGCCCCAGUUGUGGAGGAAGGUGCCACAACCUUGGACAUUUACCUUCCCAUCGGAAUGUGGAAAUCGGGUGUAACUAACCUAACGCAUGUUGGCCCUGGUUGGCUUCGAAAUGUCGAUGCUCCCUUGGAUGUGGUCAAUUUCUUUAUCAAACAAUGAUAAACAUGAGAAAUGAAGAGGUUCAAGUUUUAAGUAUUAAAAACAUUACGUAAGUAUUAUUCCGAGUACGAAUAUGUAUGAA